ACCCUCACCUCCCCCUGGUAGUAGGGCUCAGUGCAGGCAGGCAAAGAACCGAUGGGACCCAUCAGAUUAGAACCCACAUCGGAGAUUAUAUCCUAAGCAGAUACCCCCUUCUGAACUGGGGAUGCAGCGCUUUGAAACUAGAAAAUGCCAGGUCUGAAAGAGAGGAAAGAACAAGUCCAGCAACACACAGGGCUCUGUGUAUUCAGAGGGAAGUUGGCAGGGCUGUGUUCGGGCAGAGAAACUCCGAGUGGUACAAAGGGACGUGCCCAGAGUGGAGAAAUCAUGCUAAUUGUCUGCACCAGAGCUGGAGAACGCCACCCAAAAUGAAGAGAGAAAGGGGAGCCCUGUCCAGAGCCUUCAGUGCCCUGAGCCUCACCCCUUUUGUCUACCUUCUUCUGAUCCAGCCAGAGCCCCUGGAGGGGGUGAACAUCACCAGCCCGGUGCGCCUGAUCCAUGGCACAGUGGGGAAGUCAGCCCUGCUUUCCGUGCAGUACAGUAGCACCAGCACCGACAAGCCCGUCGUGAAGUGGCAGCUGAAGCGGGACAAGCCAGUGACCGUGGUACAGUCCAUCGGCACAGAGGUCAUUGGCACCCUACGGACUGACUACCGAGACCGCAUCCGCCUCUUCGAAAAUGGCUCCCUGCUCCUCAGUGACCUGCAGCUGGCCGAUGAGGGCACCUAUGAGGUUGAGAUCUCCAUCACGGAUGACACGUUCACCGGGGAGAAGACCAUCAACCUCACUGUAGAUGUGCCCAUUUCCAGGCCACAGGUGUUAGUGGCUUCAACCACUGUGCUGGAGCUCAGCGAGUCCUUUACCCUGAACUGCUCACAUGAGAACGGCACCAAGCCCAGCUACACCUGGCUGAAGGACGGCAAACCCCUCCUGAACGACUCGAGAAUGCUCCUGUCCCCUGACCACAAGGUGCUCACCAUCACCCGCGUGCUCAUGGAGGACGACGACCUGUACAGCUGCGUGGUGGAGAACUCCAUCAGCCAGGGCCGCAGCCUGCCCAUCAAAAUCACCGUAUACAGAAGAAGCUCCCUCUACAUCAUCUUGUCUACAGGAGGCAUCUUCCUCCUUGUGACCUUGGUGACAGUCUGUGCCUGCUGGAAACCCUCCAAAAAGUCUGGGAAGAAGAGGAAGCUGGAGAAGCAAAACUCCCUGGAAUAUAUGGAUCAGAAUGAUGACCGUCUGAAACCAGAAGGUGAGCUCCCAGCCACCCACUCACCCAUCCCAUCGCCACUCAGAUCAGUGGGCUGCUGGGAAAAGGCAGAACUGGGCCACAAGGAAGCCAGCUCUGCAGGGCCCCUUCCUCCACCAACUGCACGAAGACUGCAGAGCAGGGAGAGGUGCGGCCAAGGUAGGACCCCAGCAGAUACCCUCCCACGAAGCAGCGAGCAGGAGCGGAAGAACCCCAUGGCGCUGUACGUCCUGAAGGACAAGGACUCCCCGGAGCCCGAGGAGAACCCCGCCCCGGAGCCUCGGAGCGCCACCGAGCCCGGCCCGCCGGGCUACUCAGUGUCGCCGGCGGUACCCGGCCGCUCGCCGGGGCUGCCCAUCCGCUCGGCCCGCCGCUACCCGCGCUCUCCGGCGCGCUCCCCCGCCACCGGCCGGACGCACACGUCGCCGCCCCGGGCCCCGAGCUCGCCCGGCCGCUCGCGCAGCGCCUCGCGCACACUGCGGACUGCGGGCGUGCACCUGAUCCGCGAGCAAGACGAGGCCAGCCCGGUGGAGAUCAGCGCCUGAGCCGCCUCGGCACC